AUGUUCAAAUUAUUUAAGUUAUUGUUGAUUCUCUUGGCCAUCACAUCCACUGCUAUAAGCAUACCGCCAUAUCGACGUGAUCCUGGGAACAAGGAAACUAUCACCGCAACAUUAGAAAAUGAUUCCGUUUUCUGUUCAUUUCUUCCACCAGAUUAUGGUGGUAACAUUAGUGGUAGCGAAAAUAAUGCUGUCGCGUUUUGCAAUACGCCUAGUCCAAAUGCGCCUGGUGCCAGAAUCUUUCCCGAAGGAUUCAUCAAAUCAUAUCACUUCGCCACUGGAGAUGGUUAUAUCCAGGUAACUGGCACUAUUCAUAGAGACGCAUACGGUUUAAGUGAAAACGACGGGGGUGGUCAGUACGAUAGUGCAGGUGCUCCUCCGGGCGCAACCUGUGCUCAUUACAAUAGAUUUGUGAACUUGGUCGAGCCUGAUGUUGAAUUAUUUUGUAUUCGAUGUUGUACCGACACUUCCAAAUGCAAUACCGGCAUUAGCCAAUAUGGAUGCAAAAAAGUUAUUCCAGGCGAUUAUAGUUAA